AUGGACAAGAAGAAGAAAAGACUGGAUACUAUUGAGGAGCAAACUGUAGAAGCUGAAACCAGUAGUGCUCCACCCAACAGUGGUAAAGGGAAGAAGAAGAAGGCUGAGAAAGUGCCUUUGGUGUCAACAAGUAUGAGAGUGACACGAAGUUUCCAAGUUAAAAAGGAACCGAUACCAAAGGCAAAAAACCAAGAGUAUGUCCCUACCCCUUUUGCAAUCCAAUCUAUCAAUGCUGGGGAUGACCUUCCUUCAGCAUUGCUACAAGUUUUGUCAUUUCAGAAAAUGCAGAACACCACAGAUGAUACUGAUAGACAUAAAUUAGUAUUAUCUGAUGGCAAAUACAUGCAGUUGGCAAUCUUGCCUUCUAAAUAUGCUACUCUGAUAGAUUCAGAUAUUCUAAAAAUAGGCACAAUAAUCCAGUUAUCGAGCUAUACAUGCCGAUACAUAUGGAACACAAGGACUAUUAUAAUACUUAGUCUGGAAGUGAAACAAAGUGUUUGCCCGUUCUUUGGAAAACCAGAAUAUCUAUUCAAAGAACAACAACCAGAAAUUAUGUCUGAGGACAGGCCAUCAACAUCUAAACGGUCGCUUCAAAUUACAUGUUUUGAUGAGAUAGCUAAGUUACACUAUAAUCGUGUGGAUAUAGGUUCACAUUAUAUUAUUUCAAAAGGAUCUGUUAAGGAGGCAAAUGCAAGGUACAACAAACUAAACAGUCAUUUAGAAAUCACCUUGUUUGAUACAUCCAUAGUAAAACGCUGCACCAACGAAGAACAAGCAUAUCAACAAACUGCUCCUUUCACACCUAUUGGUGAAUUGUUUCAACUAACAAACAAUACAAUGGUUGACGUUAUUGGUCUUGUUCUAUAUGUUGGAGAUAUCAUUCCUAUUCACAGGAAAGAUGGUAGUCAAACACAAAAACGUGUUGUGAAAAUUAAUGAUCUAUCUGGCUCAACAAUUGACAUCAACUUAUGGGGCCCAAUAGCAGAACAAAAAGGGUCUGGAAUUGAAAAAUAUGUUGACCAAUGA